AUGCCAUUCGAUAGCGAUAUGUUAAAAGAAAAAUUAAUUGAAGCUUGGAAACUACGUUCUAAUGUAACUAGUUUUUCCGCUUCACUUUCAUCAUUAAUUACACAAUGUCGAUCAGAAGAAGAAUUUCGAACAUUAUUUACAACACAAAUUCUUGCACAUAUUGAUUCAGCAAUAUCUUCUGAUCUUCUUCAAUCCUAUUUUAAAUUUCAUACAAGAUGUGGUUAUGUUAAUGAAUCAUUAAUUAUUGAACAUCUUCUUUCUUUAACACCAACAUCAUCAAUAGGAACAGAUGAUAUACAAAUUAAAUUUCUAAUUGAGUUACUAUAUGAAACUCUUAAAACAAUGCAUAUCAUUGCUGAUCAAGGAGUUCGUCUUGGAAAACAAUUAAAUUUACUUGCUAAAUGGCUUUGUUCAGCAUUAUGUGUUUAUUCUGAUGUAUCAGAUAUAAAUGACGAAGUGGAUAGUAAAAGAAAAGAAAUGCUUACAUUAAUUUCCAAUUUCUUUCUUUUAUUAUUUACAAAUACAAGUUAUUAUUGUCUUUGGUUAAUGACAAUUAAAGGACAAAGAGAACAAUUAGAAUGGAAACAAAUUCAAGAAAAAUUAAAACAAAUCUCAAUGAAAAUGCCAAUUGAAGAAACUAAUAGACCAGAUGUUUAUGAACAAGUUAUUUUUAAAAUAGCUCGUCUUCAUUUAUCUGAAGAAUUUCAUCAAGAAGAUAUUGAAUUUAAUGUUUCAAUUUUUAAUCCACUUGUUUCUCUACUUGUUAUUAAUCAACUUCAUAAAUCAUCAUCGAUUCUUUUAUUAAUUCUUCGUUUCUAUGAACAUGUUUCUUGUACAACAAAUCCAUCGUUAAUAUAUCUUCGUUUUCUUCAAGCAUCAUUUGGUGGUUAUGUUUCAUCAGUAUCAACAAAUAAUAGUGAAUAUCAACAACGUUGGUCAGCAUAUAUUUAUUUUCAAUUACCACGUAUAUUAGCAUCAUGUCUUGAAACACAAUUUGAUGCUGUUAAACAAUCUAUCGAAACAUUUUUAUUACACAAUGAAUAUAUACUUAAUCGAAUGGAUGAAUUAUGUUUAGAAAAUGUAAUGGAACAAGUUUUUCAAACAACAUUAAACUAUACAAAUAAUGAUAUUCGAAUAGCAAAUGAAGAUAAAAUUAAUAAAUUAAUUUUUUAUAUUCAACAAAUUCGUCAACCAUACAAUCAACAAAUUCAAAAAUAUUAUCAAAAUCAUCAAACACAUUCCUAUUCAUUUCAAGUUCUUACUUUACAACGUUCCUUAGAAAAUACUUUACAUCAAAUAUUUUCAACACCAAAUGAAGAACAAAAUCUUGAAGUAUUAAUUAGCAAUUUAACUGAUUUUAUUCCAUUAAUAUGUGCACUUGAUCAAUAUUAUGAAUUUAUUCGUUUACUUUUAUCAUAUACUCAAAUACGAUUUGAUCUUGCUCUAUGUUUACUUUGUUAUGUAACAUCAAUUACAGAUGAUACAUCAGAAGAUUUUGGUCACAUAGAAAUCAAUUGUGAUUCAUCAUCAUCCAUAUCUUUUGUUUAUAUAUGGUUAAAAAAAUAUUGGUUAUCACGUUAUAUUGGUCAUGCAUUAUUUGCAUCAUCAUUAUAUUCAAGUGAUUUUCUUUCAAUAACAAAUAAUUCAGUAAAUGAAAUAUCUGUCACAGAAAAAGAAGAAUUUCUAAUGGAUAUUAAAUGUUUUAAUGCUGAAAAUAUUCAAAUAAAAUAUUCAAAUAUUGAAUAUUUAUCAAAAACAAUUUAUUUCUUAGAAGAACUUCAAUCAUUAUCAUUAGAAGAAACAAAACAAACUGUUUUACAAUUAAUUAAUUAUUUAACUCAUGUUUCAUAUGGAACACUUGUACAUAUACUUCUUUGGCUUAUAGCUAAUCAUCAAAUAGCUAAUGAUGAUGAAAGACCAUGGAUACAAAAUACUAUUCAUACAAUGGGUGCAACAACGGAUUCCACUUCGACAUUAUCUUCAUUAUUCGAUGCUAUAAAACGUCAAUUAUGGACAGAUUUUAUUGAUAAUUCAUUGUUACCAUAUUAUUCCAUAAUUCCAUCAGUAUUAUCAACAUCAGUUGUUAAUCAUUUAUCUACUUCAUCAAUUCAAACAUCAACAUGGCUUAUUCAAUCAUUAUUUGAUACAUAUUUAACAAGUGAAUUUCUUAAUUCUGAACAAUCACGUGCAUUAUAUAUUUGUUCAAAAUAUGUUCCAUUAAAUUUCAUAAUUAUUCGUUUAUUAACAAAUACAAAUACAUCUGAUGGAAUUUAUGAAACAGGUCGUGCACUUUAUUUUAUAUUUGGUUUAAUUUUAUGUCGAAGACGUUCCUCAACACGUUGUUUAUUAGAACAAGCUUUACCUUAUUUAUUUAAUUUAAAAUCUAAUGAAUUUAUGCUUGAACCAAAUGUUUAUAGUACAAGUUUAAUUAUGAUUAUACUUUUGACACUUGAAUUCAAUCAAAAUAAUGAUCAAUUAGAAGAUUUAUUUCAUGUUAAAUCAUGGAAAGAAUUCAAUUCAAUCAAUAAAAUUAUACUAAAAUAUGAAGAUACAAGUGUUACUGAUGCUUAUCAUUCAUUAUUGAAUCAAACAUCUGAAGAACUUUUUUCAAAUGAAACACUUAAACCUGUGAAUUAUUUUUUUGGUUGGUUUCAAACAAUUCUUUGGAUGUUCAGUCGACAAGUUAAAUUAUUAAAACCAUUUGUUAAACCAAAAUUAAUUACUCAAUUAUCGGAAUAUUUACCAUUACAAUUUCCAAUUGAAAAAGUUCUUAGUAUAUUAGAAUUAUCAAAUAAUAUGGAACUUGAAUAUGCUUCAAUGGUAAUAACACGUGAUUUUAAUCGUUUACAAACAUUACAUAGACGAACAACGACAACAUUUAUACAUAACGAACAGAUUGUGAUAAAUGAUAUAGAUUUAAUAAUUACAGCAGCAAAAAAUAUAACAAAAAAUAUUUAUUCAAUACCAACAGAUCUUUAA